AUGUACUGAAUAAAAAGUGAAAACUGUCAUUACGGCUCAAGAUUCUAAUACACAUGAACAAUUGUAAAGUAUUUAUACUUAUCACAAAAUAUGACUGCAUGCUAUUUGUUACUUUAUUGUUUAAGCAUAAAGAAUGCAGAAAUAGUAUUAUAGAACAGUGUGUACAGUAGAUGUUUAAAGGUUGCUACGGCAACAGUUAAAUCGAUGCCGUAGUUAACAGUCGCCAAUGUAUUCGAAUUAGAGGGACUCGAUUAUUCUCCAUAGUAUUUCUUUCGUCAUCUGUUAAAGUAAAAAAUAAUCAGCAAAAAUGGGACGAAAAGUGACAGUGGCAGUAUGUACUUUGAACCAGUGGGCGUUGGACUUCGAGGGGAAUUUAAGUAGAAUUCUGCAAUCCAUACAAGAGGCUAAAGAAAUGGGCGCCCUCUAUCGUACAGGGCCAGAAUUAGAAAUAUGUGGUUAUAGCUGUGAGGAUCAUUUUCACGAAUCGGACACCUAUCUGCACAGCUGGCAGGUACUUGCGGAGUUACUUAAAUCUGCAACAUGUAAAGACAUGCUCAUAGACGUGGGUAUGCCAAUUCAGCACAGAAAUGUCGUAUAUAAUUGCCGAGUUGCUUUCCUGAACAAGAAAAUAUUGCUUAUUAGACCAAAGAUGUUACUUUGUGAGGAUGGAAAUUAUAGAGAGAGCAGAUGGUUUUCCUGUUGGACCAAAGAACGACAAGUAGAAGAUUAUUUUUUGCCAAGAAUGAUAACAGCCAUUACAAAUCAGACGACAGUCCCUAUCGGUGAUGCUGUUAUUUCGACGAAAGAUACUUGUAUAGGUUUCGAAAUAUGUGAAGAAUUGUGGAAUCCGCAAAGUCGCCACAUUCCGUUAAGUCUUGAUGGUGUUGAGAUAAUAUCUAACGGCUCUGGUAGCUAUAUGGAACUCCGUAAAGCUUACGUGACUGUGGAUUUAGUGAAGAGCGCCACGUUUAAAAGUGGGGGCGCGUAUUUGUUCAGCAAUUUAAGAGGUUGUGACGGACAGAGAAUAUAUUUCAACGGAUUUUCGUGUGUAGCUGUUAAUGGUGAAAUAGUUAGUAGAGGACUACAGUUUGCAUUGCAUGAUGUGGAAGUAAUAACGGCUGUUAUAGAUUUGGAAGAUAUAAGAUCGUAUCGGACUCAAAUACGUUCUCGGUCGCAUUUGGCAGCGUCUAAUACACCUUUCCCUCGUAUUACUGUUGAUUUCUCAUUGUCCGACGAUGACGAUGUACAUCUGAUUGCCAAUCCUCCCAUAGACUGGAAGUAUUUAACGCCGGAAGAAGAAAUUGAAUUAGGUCCAGCGUGUUGGCUAUGGGACUACUUGCGGAGAUCCGGUCAAGGCGGUUUCUUUUUACCUCUCAGUGGCGGCGUAGACUCUACGAGCACUGCUUGCAUCGUAUUUUCUAUGUGUACACAAAUUUGUGAUUCCAUUCAAAAAGGAGAAAGCCAAGUUUUAUAUGAUGUACGCAAGAUUCUAUGCCAGUCUGACUACACACCAUCGGAUCCCAUGGAGUUGUGCAAUAGGUUGUUGGUAACAUGUUACAUGGCUUCAGAAAAUUCUAGCCAGGAAACAAAACAGCGGGCUUUACAGCUAGCCAGUGAAAUAGGCAGUUAUCAUUUCCCAAUCACGAUCGAUGCGGCCGUCAGCGCUGUCAUUGGUAUCUUCACGGCUGCCACCGGACUCGUACCUAAGUUUAGAAGUAAUGGCGGAUGUGCUAGACAGAAUUUAGCGUUACAAAAUAUACAAGCGCGUCUAAGAAUGGUGUUGUCAUACUUAUUCGCUCAAUUAAUGCUCUGGGCGCGAGGUCGGCCCGGAGGUCUAUUAGUAUUGGGUUCAUCUAACGUAGACGAAGCACUCAGAGGCUAUAUGACUAAGUAUGAUUGUUCCAGUGCUGAUGUGAAUCCCAUUGGAGGAAUAUCAAAGACUGAUCUUAAAUCUUUCUUGCAGUAUGCUAAGAAUCGGUUCUUCCUACCUUCACUGUCGGAGAUUCUACAAGCUCCACCGACGGCUGAAUUGGAGCCAUUGACGGACGGUCAGAUCACUCAAACAGAUGAACAAGAUAUGGGCAUGACGUACGCUGAACUCUCUGAAUUCGGUCGUCUGAGGAAGACACAGCAUUGCGGGCCCUUUAGUAUGUUUCAAAAGUUGGUGCAUAGGUGGAGUCAUAAAUGCACCCCGCAGGAGGUAGCAGAGAAGGUGAAGCAUUUCUUCCGUUGUUACGCGAUAAACCGACACAAGAUGACAGUACUGACGCCCUCGUACCACGCGGAGACGUACAGUCCUGACGACAACCGGUACGACCAUCGCCCGUUCCUGUACCGUGUGCAUUGGAACUGGCAGUUUAAAGCAAUUGACGAUGCGGUUGCGCAAAUGUCCAAAGAAAAGAGAAUAAUAACACGCGAAGGCGACCGAGCUCAAGCAAACCAAGAUAUCGGUAAACCGAACAGCACUAGUGCUACUGUAUCAAGUGCACCUUAUAAUAUGCGUGGUGAUAGGAAAGCUGUGCUUAUUUAAUGUGUUAGUCAUUAUUUCUCCCGUGUGUACUUCGAUGAACUGCAAGAUAGAGUCACGUUAGCGUUAUCUAUCUUUCACGUUGACAAGCAUCUCGAUGUAUAUGUAUUACAAAUGACAAUAUGCCGCUCGAUUGAAAAAAAUCUGAUUGAAAUUCUUCUCGCUUCAAAUUUUUAUAAUUACACAAUAAUUAUGAAUGUGAUUUCACAUUUUAAUAAUAUUUAUAUAUCAAUUUGCAAUUCACAAACUGAUAAAUAUUUAAUUAUAAAUGAAUAUAAUAGGAAAAAUUGCAUUCCUCAUAGGAAAUGCCAUGAUGAAGAAAUUACUAACGGCGCUUGACUAUAUAUAAGUAUACGACGGAGAAGCAAUGAAUUUCAUUAGUAUAUGUUGGCUGUAUGACAUUUGUUCCUAGCAUUCACAACUAUUACAGCUCUUCUGUCUUUAUACAAUAUAAAAUAAAAAUAUAAUUUAAUUCAACAUAUUGGUUAGUAUUUUUUAACUAAAUUUAAUUAGAUACAAUUACAAAUUAAUAGAUGGAAGAGUUGUUUUAGAUUUUAGCCACAGCAUAUUUAUUUGUUAUGUGUUUAUUAGAAUAAAUGGCGUGUUUGUGUGCGAUGUAGUGUCUGUAACAGUAAUUGUCUGCUGAAAUUUCAUUUAAUAUUAUGCAUGAUAUAUAAGUCAUAAAUGUGUAUAAGUCAUAACUUAUACACAUUUAGUAACUAGCGUUUUUUUUUAAAGUUUGCCUUCAUAACAAGUAUAAAUCUAGUACUUUGAUGUUUCGUAAAUGUUAUAUCUUAGUAGAAUAUUACAGAGUACAAUAUUAUGUUAUUAUUGUAUGUUACUUUGCACUUGUUAUAUUUUAGAAAUUGAAUAAAAACGUUAAUUCGAAUUUUAGUUUACUCUGAGGCUUCGAAAUUUUCAUUUUUUCAAUUUUUUUUUUUUUUUAAUAUUACGAAGGUGACAAUUAAACAUACGGGAUGUAUUGUAUGGUAAACGCUUUCUGUAGUCUGUAGACGCCUGCGCGUUGCCGACUGAAGGAACAUUAAUGUACUUUUUUUAAAGAACCCCAGUUCCUUGAAGUUUGCUAUUUACUGAAGUUCCUUGAAGGUUACUACAUACUGUAGUCUCCAGGAAAAAUUUCUUAGAAAAUAUUGUUGCAAUAUACCUAAUAGGAAAGGAAAAUGUAAUAGUAUAUAUUUUUUCGUCAUGCCGAUGUCGUAGACCUGCACGGAUAUAUAAAAGCGUCUUUAUUCCACCUGUAUAAAGAUGCUUUAUAAACACUUAUAAAAUUUGCUUUCUUAUAUAACAUUUAACUAAAUAUAAUACUAUUUAAUUUAAAUUUAACGUCUUUGCUUUAUUUAUUUAUUUACUCUUUAUUGCACCACUUAAAGAAUAAUACAAAGAUAAAUAUAUACCUAUUAAACUUAUGGAGUACAAAAAGCGGUCUUAUCGCUGUAGCAAUCUCUUACAGACCUUUGAGUAGAGAAGAAAGAAAUAGAGCGGUAGCUAUUUGGCGCAAGAAGUGUAACUAAUAAAAGAAGAAAAACGCUAAUGUUAAUAAAAUAUAUGCAAAUAAUCAUAUUAAAUAUUAACAUAAUAUUUAGUUAUACAUACUGUCAACAUGUGUGAAAUGUCGGUGCAACUGUAAUUACUGAACUAAUGUUACUGUUGCAGUCACAUUUCCCAGUCGAGUUUUAUCGUGUUCAUCAGUGUUGUUUUUUAGUUCUUAUAUUGCUUUUUCUUUUCACUGCCACUGUUUUCCACUUUCGUCAAGUGAAGUAAAAAGCGAAGGAGCACUUCCGCACUGAAUACCACAUAUAUGGUACAAUGCUAGACUUUUAUUACAAUGUAACUGUAAUAGUUUCACAUCGCACAAAUUAUCGUGAGUUUCUCAUUACUCCUUUUAAAUAGAUAUAAAAAAGAUGUCAGACGUGCUGUCUCUUUCUUUUCCGUGUAAGUAGGUAGUAGAAUGGAAUUCAAAAUUAGAGCAAUUUAGUAGCUUCUCGAUUUUUAUAUUCAUAAUGUGUGACGUAAGUGAGAUAACAGGUGUCAAUCUUCGCUUUUUCAAACUUAUGUAUAAAAAGUAUAUUAUUGUAGAUUUAUACAUGAGUUUGUGUGAUACGCAAUACCAUAAUUUCAUUUGUUAUUACAGACGACUGAUUAUGAAAAAUCAAUUUCUUUGAAAGUGAUAAUUUGAAUCUGCUUUAUUACUUUUUUUUUGUAAUAAAACGUAGACAUAUAAUUUUAUUAUAUUAUACACAAAUGGAUAUAUAUUUGUAAGUUUAAAAAUUAAAAAAUGGAUGUGUGUAAGUUGUAUACACAUUCACAGUACGCUUACAGAAAUAUUCUUUUGUUAUGUGUGUAUUGUAUGUUACUAGAUAUUGUUUAUUUAUUAUGUAAUACUCGUAAAUUAAAAGCCUACUUGUCGCAUACUAUUUAUUUUGAACAAAUUUGAUUAGGAAUAAUUUGAGUUUAUGGGUAUACAUCGUACAAAUGGAUCUCUGUAAUGGAUUGCCUGAUAAAUUAUUAGGUUUUUUAAAAUAUACUAGUAAUAUAACUACUUCAAAUCCUUUUAUUUAUAGGUAAGUAGUAGUAUGCAGUAAUAAUUGCAAUAGAACAAAUAAAUAUUUUUAUAUAUAAGAAAUAAAUGGAUUGAUUGAGAAACAAUGCUAAGUAUUCAGUUUAUUAUAAUUUGUUUUUCAAAAGUUGUCUUAGAAUAAAAUAAAAAAGAUAUUUGUCUUUAUUUAUUAUCAUGUAUCUUAAAUAUUCACUGAAUACGUAUGUAGACGUAGUUGCAGUGCAACUAGCAAUGAGCUGGUGAUGAUGAUGCUGGUAAUUUCGUAUAAGAGCCAAUAGUUAAGAAUAACUUGUAUUAUUAUAUUAUGCUAAUGAAAUAAUUACUUUUAGAAUAAAAAUGUGGACUUUAUUGGAUAUUUGGCUACAAAUAUUAUAGUGAUCGCACUAUAUCUUAUCAUUCACCUGUUCAUUUUGAGAAAAAAAUUCUGCCAAUCGAAUUAUGUGUUAAUUUCAAUUCUGUUAUGGUUUUAUUCUUGGUGUGCACGAAAAUACGAAUAUAAAAACCAGUUACGAUUUAAUAAAUUAAAUACUGAUAUAAAAGUGGAUAAAGCAAGAGUUGUGUAUAAGGAAAGAAGUCUGUGGUCAUUUAAUUCUAUUUUGUCCUCCCAUAAUUUGGUGUAAAAAAGACAUUGAUAGAGAUUGUUUAAAGAGAAAUUGUGAGAGAAUAUUAUAAGUAUAAAAAAAUAUUGCUAUUUUUUAUGAUUAUAUGCCACAACUUA